AUGCCCGGAGAAUGUCUGAGCCAUUUAUCAAGCAUACCAGAAAGAGGCUCCUCCAAGAGUAUCUCUCAAGGAAACUCCGCCGUUUCCAUGCGAUUAGCAGCUUCGCAUGCGCCUCCACCCCUGCCAUCGCACGGCAUGUCUAACAAUGGCACAACGGUUCCUGCCAGGGGCAGAUCGACAUCUCCAAUCCGCCGACCUAACGUUUUAACCCUGCGACGAGCUCCGUCACGGACAUUUGCUCCAUUGCUCAUGCCGACUGACCUGCUUGAUACCCCAAGACUGACUCACCCUCGUCUCAACCUUGCCAUCCACCUGUCAGCUCCGAUUUUCAUGGGUGGAGCGACGGUGGAAGGCGAAAUCCACGUGGGAAUUGAUGGAGGGCCAUUUCAGACACGUCGCAAGUCUACAGCGGGUCUGGCGCUGAGUAAGAUUUCCGCCACUCUCGUUGGGGUAGAAAGAUGCAAAGGCAGACAGGACAUGUUUCGAGCCUUGUCAAGCGACCUGAUCGAUGCAGCACAUCCACCUCCAGCUUCAAUGGCUCCAGAUCCUGGACCUGACACUACCUGGGACGUCCAACCUUCAAGCUCUACGUUGCCCUUUCGACUGGACCUGCCCGUGGUCAUGGGUCCUCCACCGUACAAGUCGAAGAAGGCGGCCAUAAGCUAUUGGCUCUGUACGUUGGCAGAGUUUGAAAUUUAUGGGAAGAAACACUUUGUUCGACAAUCCCGCGAGGUCACGGUCUUGACAGUUCAUGAUCCCGAAAAGGCUCUCGUCAAUCUCUCAAGCCCACUCUUAGCGGUGGAUGAAAUGCCCAUGUCAAAGCGAUCCAAUACACGGACAGUGAAAUUGACGGCAGGCCUUCAUCGUCAGACUUGGAUCAGUGGCUACCCCAUCUUCGUUGAUAUGCACAUUGACAACAAGAGCAGCAAGGACGUCAGGAAAGUUGAGCUGCAGCUCGAGAAAACUACACUGUUCCACAACUAUCCUGCGCCUUCUACGAACGCCGUAUCGGCCGAUGUGCUCCGCUUGCCAGAUCAUCGACAAACCGAGAUAGUUGUGAGGAAAGAUUUGGCUGAUGGGUUCCAAGGAGUGGUUUCAUUGUCGCAGGACUUCAGGACCUGUCAAUUGGAGUUGCCCACCGGUUUGGUAUCCAUCGAAACAGGGCGAUUCUUCGGCAUCCGCUACUUCUUGAACGUUCAAAUCACUUGCUCUUUCAACAAGCAUUUGAAAGUUCAGCUGCCGAUCACCAUCAUCCAUCCAAACUCUAUUGACAUUCCUCCCAACGCCCUUGCCCAAGUGGCGGCUUCCAUCGAGCACAAGCACCGAAAUCACUCCUCUACAAGCGGUGCCGGCUCACCUUACCGCUACCGCGCUGGCCAAGCGUUCACAGCUGCCCGAAGACAGUCAUACCUUCAACUGCGCAAGGACACUUUAGGGUCUACGGAGAUGGAGGAGCUUACACGUACUCUGGAAGGCAGCCCAAGGAGGAUGGCCUUGAGGCUUGGAGAGAGUCCAAGAAAGACGAAGGUUGCACGACGCCAAUCAGCCAACGUAUUAGGCAGCAGCAGCCGAAGCAGUCAUCAACAUUUGUUACCGCGCUCGUCAUUCGACACUACGACGAAUACCAAAUACAGCAUGCCACGUUCGAGUUACGAAACAGUAAGGCCACUGGAGCAGCGUGGGUCUCCUCAACGCAGAGUGUCGCGAGGACCACGCUCGAGCCUCGAGAGGAAGGUGCUGAAAGGUCUGCGCGGGAGUUUCGAGACCUCAGGACCGAGGCUGCAAAGGAGCACAUCUGGGUUGGCUUUCGAUGACAGUGAUAAAGAAAACUACGCACCGAAGUGA